AUGAUCUGGUUGAAGAAGGCAAAGACUCUGUUGGAGUGGGUAAUGCACUCAGGCAACUUUCACAGUUUCGACAGAAACCUGGAAAAGAUGACUGUUGUUUCUGCUGCCGCUGGGAAAGUGAUUUGUGAAAUGAAAGUAGAAGAGCAGCAUGCCAAUAAAAUAGGCACCCUCCACGGCGGCCUGACAGCCACCUUAGUGGAUGUCGUGUCAUCGCUUGCUCUGCUGUGCACAGAAAGAGGUAUAAGCGGAGUCAGUGUUGAUAUGAACAUAACGUACCUAUCACCUGCUAAAAUAGGAGAUGACAUACUGAUUACAGCACAUGUUUUGAAGGAAGGAAGAUCACUAUCAUUUGCUUCUGUGGAUCUGACUAACAAGGCCACGGGAAAAUUAAUAGCACAAGGCAGACAUACCAAACACAUGGGAGACACACCAUGUGAAGCCAACAAGAAGUAG